AGUUCUUUUUAGUAAAAUCCUCCGAAAAUGAAGGCUAAAGGAGAGUUGAAAGAAUAUGAAGUUAUUGGUCGCAAGCUCCCAUCGGAGAGCGAGCCCAAGCCGCCACUUUACAAGAUGAGGAUAUUCUCCCCAGACCCGAUUGUGGCAAAAUCUCGCUUUUGGUAUUUCCUCCGUCAACUGAAGAAGUUUAAAAAGACUACUGGCGAGAUUGUCUCUAUUAAGGAAAUUCCUGAAAAGAGUCCCAUUAAGAUCAAGAACUUCGGUAUCUGGCUACGGUAUGAAUCCCGGUCAGGUGUGCAUAACAUGUACCGUGAAUACCGUGACCUCAGUGUGGGUGGUGCAGUCACACAAUGCUACCGUGACAUGGGUGCAAGACACAGAGCUCGUGCCCAUUCCAUACAGAUUAUUAAAGUUGAGGUGAUUAAGGCGGCAGCGUGCCGCCGGCCGCAGGUGAAGCAAUUCCACAACAGCACUAUCAGAUUCCCACUGCCCAAGCGUGUGCAUCACCACAAACGUCUCAAUACCUUCGCGUACAAGAGACCCAGCACCUACUUCUUGUAAUUUUAAUAAUAAUAUCAAUAAAAUCCAUGUAAUGUGGU